CUCCUGCCUGCACUUGUUCGUAAACGCAGACUGCACCUUAACAAUUUAAACAUCCUCUCGGCAGAAAGAUGUUUCCUCUCACAGGAUUACCGCUUCCACAAGAGCUUCUGCUGAUCACCGAUGAGCUUGCGUCUCCCGCGGAUUUUAUUCUCCAUCGCAGUCUGGCCACCCAUUUGAAGAGCGGUCAGGAUGCAAGAUGCAUCAUCCUAUCUGUCUCGGAAGACGCGGCGAGGUGGAAUGCUAUCGCUGGAAGAUCGAAUCUUAAUUUGGCACCAUGCCUUGCGUCUCAAUCUGUUGUGCUCAUUGAAGCAGAGUCUAUUCUGACGCAUCCUGAGAGACACGAAUUUUCGUCCAAGUCUUCUUUGAAGGCACUCUACGACAGAAUACGGGAUGCAGUCGGUGAAACACCUAGUGGCUUGGAGCCCAAGACCUUGGUGGUUGUCGACGAUCUUGCUGCUCUUGAAUGGAUAGGCAUGCCAGUUCAAGAACUUUUCCGGUUCGUUCGAGCUUUGUACGCUAUUUGCCGCAAGGCGAAAGCAGCAUUGAUCAUCAGACAGCACAAUGUGACUCCAGGAGAGCCUGACGAGCUGCUACGCUCCUUGCUGCAGCUAUGCACGUAUCAUCUGGACGUCCUGCCUUUGUCGAGUGGAAGAAGUGGUUCUGUGAGCGGCCAGGUGGCUCUUCAUGCGGGAGCCUCUGUCGUGGACCCUCCUUUCAAACUAGUUCGCCGUAGUGCGGCGGUGCAUUACCGUCUUACAGACUCGGGAUGCGUAUUCUUCGACAGAGGCACAGGAGGGGGAGUCUUAUGAGAAUAAAAAUGGCGUGUAUAUGUUUUGACCAUCUAUCACUUGUGAAUCCUUGCUUUUGCGUGCCUCUUCGAGAUGACAGCGGCAAACGAUCAAUGUAUGUUGUAGGAAAGAGUCUGUAUAGGUCGUGCCUGAAUGCAGGAUGUUUG